AUGGGCAGUAGUGAUGAUGAAGCUGAAAAAUCAUUACUUUCAGAAUCAAGAGAUCAUCCUCAUCUUCAUGUCCAGAGAAGACGACCCCGGCGAGGUAGUGUUUCAGAGACAGAGAUCAAUCUCCUAGAACAAAAUGUAGUCCAAAACCCUUCACACUCUCGUACAGCUGCAGAACCACAAGCAGAAUUUGAUUUCAAGCCAGUGUUUUUGUGGUUAGCUACCUAUCUUGGUGCAGAAUGUGUUAAAUUUUCGCCCCGUUUUACCUAUAUUUUCUGGUUCGGACCUGCAGGUACCCUAUGUUUCUUUCUCACUAGUUAUCAGAUCACAGGUAUAAAAACCAAUGGAUUUCUUGAUGCUCUUUACUUUUGUGUUGUGACAAUGACCACUGUUGGAUAUGGAGAUCUUGUGCCGAAUAGCCCAUUGGCGAAACUUCUUGCCUGCAUUUAUGUCUUCACAGGCAUGGCUCUUGUUGGGUUAAUUCUAAGCAAAGCAGCUGAUUACAUUGUUGAGAAGCAAGAACUGAUACUAGUAAGAGCUAUGUGCAAAGGUGGAAAACUUAGACCAGAAGAGCUUUUCAAAGAGGUUGAAACUAACAAAAGCAAGUACAAAUUUGUGCUUGCAGCAGCAAUUUUUUGUGUGCUCAUGAUUGCAGGAACUGCUUUUCUGUAUUUUGUUGAAAAUCUAGAUUUUGUGGAUGCACUCUAUUGUGUUUGUUCCACAGUCACUACUUUAGGUUAUGGGGAUAAGAGCUUCUCAACUACUAUUGGUCGCGUUUUUGCUAUGUUCUGGAUAUUGAGCAGCACUAUUUGCUUAGCACAGUCUUUUGCCUAUCUUGCUGAGCUAUAUACUGAAAAUAGACAAAGAUCAUUGGCGAAAUUGGUUCUUACGCGAAAAUUGUCACUCCUUGAUCUUGAGACAGCGGAUCUUGAUCAAGACAAAGCUGUUAGUGCUGCAGAGUUUGUUGUGUACAAGUUGAAGGAAAUGGGAAAGAUCAAUCAAGAAGAUAUUUCAGCUGUGAUGGAGAUUUUUAGAAAACUAGAUUGUGAUAAAUCAGGAACUUUGACAGAAGCUGAUCUUAGAUAA